CACAUGUCGACGGUCUAUGUCGACGGUCGAGUUUGAUUUAUUUUCAUAGACUAUAGAACAGAAAUCUCCGGAUUCCUGGUCUGUGCAGAAAUCGAUAAUGACGGAACUGUCACGAGAAAUUGGUGAAGUCUGGUCAAGAUUAUUUGACCAUCGGCCCUUUCUCAGUGGUGAAAUAAAGUUCAUGUUAAAAGAAUUUGAGGAAAAGCGAGGUGACAGAGAAGUUGAAAACUUAUUUGCGAUUCUUGAAAACCUAACAGAAAUCAAAGAUACUCAAGUUGAAAAAAUUUCAAAGAGUUCAGUUGCUGCAUUACCUGUGUUGGCAGAAAAGUUGGACCAGGCAUUAAAACUUUCUGACGAAAUUGAAAAAGACUAUCUUGAAUUGCAGAAGUUUACAAAAAAAAAGAAAGCUGAAAACUUUGAGAAAAGACAAAAGGAAUGGGAUCAGUUUAUUGAUGAUAUGAAUUUUAAGUGCCAAAGAAUUGAUAAUACUUUUGAAGAAAAAGAAGAGGAGCUUAGGGACCUGUAUGCUGACCUUAAUCACAAGUUAAAUAUAACUAAUAAUUAA